CCUCAUUAGCCUAGAGAAGAUACGAGACCCUCGCCCGUCUGUCAUCUGACAACCACAAACAGACAUGUCGGACUUCACAGAGGACCAGAUCAUGGAGUUCAAGGAGGCCUUCCUUCUGUUUGACCGGACGGGUGAGGGGAAGAUCACCUUCAGCCAGUGUGGGGACGUCAUGCGGGCUCUAGGGCAGAACCCCGUCAAUGCUGAGGUGCUCAAGGUCCUGGGAAACCCCAAGUUAGAAGAGAUGAACUCCAAGAUGCUGGAUUUUGAACAAUUCCUGCCCAUGCUCCAGGCCAUCGCUAAGAACAAGGACCAGGGCUCCUUUGAGGACAUCGUGGAGGGUCUGCGUGUCUUUGACAAGGAGGGAAAUGGCACAGUGAUGGGAGCAGAGCUGCGUCAUGUUCUCACUACACUAGGUGAAAAAAUGACAGAGGAGGAGGUGGAGACUCUUUUAGCAGGACAUGAGGAUGCCAAUGGCUGCAUUAACUAUGAAGAACUCGUCCGGAUGGUGAUGAGCGGUUGAGGAUUUCAUAAAUGCGCUUCCAGCUUUAAUUUUAUUCCUGCAUAAUUUUUUGUAUUGUUUGUCUUGUUUUGCCCUUCAUCCACAUCAUCCUACCUCCAACAAGUCCGUCUUUUCUUUUUCUUUUGACAUUUUUAUUUCAUUUCAAAAGUGCCUUUUCUGUCUAAUGUGAAGAAACCCUUUCAUCUCAUCUUUCAAACUGUAUUCAGCCUCGCAGGUACAAUCGGCAGUAGGGUUCCCUCGAAUAUUUCACCUGUUCAAUCUCUGUCAAUCAACCUGUCAGUCUCGUUGUCAACAGCUUUGUUUGUUUGUUCAGGUGGAAAUUACAAUGUGACAUGUUACAACUCAACACAACAGUAUUGAAUAAAAAUCCUUGUUUCCAAAGUGUA